AUGGUUGCUGAUGAGGGCCACUGCAUAGUGUACGCCUCUGACGGAGAAUGGUUCGAGGUCCCUUUAGUGUACGUUGGGACGACAGUCUUCACCGAGCUUCUCAGGAUGUCCGAGGAGGAGCUUGGUCUCGCCAGCAGCAGCGAUGGAGGCAGGAUCAUGCUGCCAUGCGAUGCCAUGGUUAUGGAGUAUGUCUUGUGCCUGGUAAUAGUACGAAACUAUUUGACAUUUUACAAUUAG